AUGAAAAAAAUUAUUGAAACUUUUAAGGAUUUUGACAUAUUUUCUGAGUCAAUUCAAUUCAAUUCUAGUAAAUAGAGAUUGAGAAAAAGGACAAUAAUUGGUGCAUUUUUAACAACUUCAAUAAUUACAUUAACUGGGAUUUACUUUGUUUACGAAUCACAUCUCUACUUUAAUGGAGAAAUAGAUCCUAAAUUCAGAUAACAAUCGUUUGUAUCUAACAAAGUUAAUAUUCUGUUAAAUAAUGAAAUGUUUGGAUUUGAUUUCUUCUCUCUUUACAAAGAUAUUUCUUACUUAAACUAAAUUUAAUCAAAGCAAAAUAAAACAUAUAUAGUAUUUAUACCAGCUUAUAUUUUUAGUAAUAGCACUUCCUCAUUUCGUGUACCUUUAGAUAUAGUUUAGUGUAAAAGCCCAGAAUUGAAAGGUAUGAAUUGCAUUGAUGUGAGUAAAAUUCCUAAUUAACAGAUUAGCUUAGACAAUGCUAAUAAAUUAUUUUCUCUCAUCACAUUGUAUGUUUAUAGGUGUUAGGAUGUUGAUUAGUAUAAAACUUUUGUGCCAAAUAAUUGCGCAAACGAAGAUUAAAUAGACGAAUUUAUUAAUAAGUCAACUUACCGUUUAAAUAUUAAAAUACAAACAUCUUAAUAUAAUACAACUUCAUAAAAAAUGUAAGUUCAAUAUAGGAGUUAGGUAUUUUAAAAUACUUUAAACAUAGUUUCUGGUUAUGAAUUUAAAAUGUAAAGCCAAGUAACGAAAGUCAGCUAAGGUAUUUUAGUUUAAUCUUAACAAAGUUUUGCUUCUCUAGUUUCUUAUUAAUUGAUAACAUAAACUUUUGACCGUUAAUAUAUUAUUAAUGACAGUGGUAGCUAAUAUUUUAGUUAAAUAUUUAUUGAUGCUGAUGAAAGCGUGUUCUUUGUCAAUAUUUAAUAUCCAUUAUUUACAGAAAUUUUAGCUCUUUGUAAUAGUACUCUAGCUUUGUUGCUAAUUUUAGGAUCAUAUUGUAGAAAAAUGGCAUAAAAUUUAAUUAGAAGAGAAAUUCUAUUUACUUUAUUUAAAAACUUUUUUUCAGGCACUUAUCUAAAUAUUUUAUAACAUAACAAUUUAGUUAAUUUUUAAAAUUUAACUGAAGGCUAAGGCGUAUUAAAAAUUUAAGAUGAUUAAAAUUUAAAAAUUUAAGGUGAUAUUGAGGAAACUAACCACAAUAUUAUGCCUCCUUGUUUAUCUCCAAAACCAAAUUAAAAAGUAUUUAGAUUGUUUUUGGGAAAAAGCAACUGCUAAGAAGAUGAAUUAUAAAGCGAUUAUAUCAAAGAACAGGGUGACACUAAAAUAAAAUCAAAUAUUAGUUCUCUUGAGCAAAGCAUUAAAAAGAAAAUAGAGAAAUAAUUAAGCUUAAAUAAUAGAGCAGAUUAAGAACUAUCAUUAAAAAAUGAAUGUGAGUUUGAUAAAGAUAAAAAUUUAGCAACAUUAAGAUCACCUGAAAAUUAAUAGAAAAACUAGCAAAAGCUUAAAGAUUGUGAGAGCGCUUAAACCUUAGUAACUUAUAAUGAAAAUGAUUAAAUGCCUAGCCAAUUAAGAAACUCUCUUUAUUAACAAAAAUAACAGCUGUUAGUGAAAGAUUCUAAAGGAAAGCUAAUAAACUAAAUAUCUUAAGUACCUUAGUUUCAGUUUAAAUAAAAACAAUAAAAGAAGUUGGAUUAAAUAAAACCUGAUGUUUAAAAAAUGUAAAAAUAAAGAUUAAAAAGUAUUAAUUAACCAACAGAUAAAUAUUUAGAAGCAAUAAAUGACUAAAAAUUGCAAUAAAAAGUUGAAAAUUUAAUAUUCCCUAAAAAGCUGUGUAAAGGAAAGAAAUAUUUAGAAUCUAAAGGAUUGAAAUAACAAACAUUGACUUAAAUGGAAUAGUUUGUUGAUGAAAGCUUAGAUUUCUUUAAAUUUUACAAAGAUAUUUUGCUUUUAAAGAAAGCUAUUAUGAUUUUAUUAAAUUAAGAACAGCUUGCUACUUUAUAAAUAAUUGGAACUGAUAUAACAUAGAUAGAGUCUACUCCUAUUACUUAAAGAGAUGAAUAUCCUAUUAAUCAUUUAAAAGAGUAAUUUAAUGUGAUGCAAUCUAAAGAACUAUAAAUGAAAUACAUCAGUUAAUUUUUGAAAAAAUCACAUAAUUAAUUAAAUUUAGAUAUCAUCGAUUAGAGAAUAUUUUCUUCAUUACUUAAAAAUUAAUGA